GGGCUGUGAUAGUGCCCAACAUGUCUAAUUAUGGCUGGUGCGUUAGUUGCACGGCGUUGUUUAUACUGAGCCUGUAACACCAUACAACUGCUAUCUUCCACGGCUUUGCAAGCAAGUCGCUGUCGUUGUGUAGCCAGGGACCUUGAACCUUUCUGUGGGCAGGUUUGGAGCCAAAGUUUGGACAGUCGGAGUUUUGGAAUCUAAUCGAGACCUUCUGCCUUUCCUUCAUGGGAGACAAAAGGCAACGAGCAAGAGUCCAGGGAUCUUGGGCACAGCCACGAGUCAGACCUACAGGUCCUAAACCAAAAUGCCCUUCAGGUGCGGCUGCUCAUGUCUCCCAGUCAGCCUCAGCUCCUGCUCCUGCUCCUGGGUCCACGUCCUGGAAAGGAGGGCCCCGAUCAUACGAGUUUCAGCAGCCCGCCAAGCCAAUCCGUGAAGUUCCUGUAGAGAAGGUUAUUGAAAAAUCUGGAGUGUACGACAUAAGCCCCGGCCCAUCAGGCGUGUCCCGCCUUCGCCUCCUCACUGACUUCCUGCCUCAGGAGGAUGCAGACUGGAUGUUCAGCACUCUCCUGGCCGAGCUGCCCUGGUCACAGAAGACCAACUACAGGCAAGGUGAUGCGUAUGAUGAGCCUCGACUAACAUGCUGGUAUGGAGAGCUGCCUUACACCUACUCCAACUCCACACUGCAGGCCAACUCACAGUGGCACCCGGUGCUGUCUACACUGCGCGCCUCCAUCGAGAGCCACAGCGGUCGCUCCUUCAACUCGCUGCUCUGUAACCUGUACCGCGACGGCCACGACAGCAUCGCCUGGCACUCGGACAACGAGCCCUCACUCGGCCCCCGACCCGUCAUCGCCUCCCUCAGCCUGGGGGACACCCGCAUCUUCAGCCUCCGCAAGCAGCCACCACCGGAGGAGGUGGGUGACUAUACGUAUGUGGAGCGUGUGAGGAUUCCUCUGAGUCACGGCACUCUGCUCAUAAUGGAAGGCUGCACUCAAGAUGACUGGCAGCAUCAAGUGGCCAAAGAAUACCACGACAGGGGCCCCCGAAUAAACCUCACGUUCCGCACCAUCUUCCCCGAACUAUGAAAGUGCCAGAAGGAGGGGAAAACCAGAGAAUACAUUAUGAGUGAUGAAAAACACAUGGCGGUCACAGAAGCUGCAUUGUGAAGUUGUAUGAAGUUGUGUUUGCUGAGGUGUGUUACCACUUCACCAGUACGUGCAGUGGCCAAAUUUGAAGUUGGGGGGCCUCAGGCACUUACCGCAUGGGCUUGUGAGUAGACAUGCGUCACUUACCGGCAAGCAGGAGGGCUGGGGCUUUAGGGCAGUAGGCUCUUGGGAAGUGAGGGUAUAGGAUAGGGCGCUUUACUGGUUGUGUGCGUUUGUGUGUGUGUAUGAAAGCACUUACAUCUGCCCCGCUGGUUAUCAACAAUCUAUCUGCGUCACCAUCAUAAGUGGCCCACCACUUGAGAGAUAUGCAGCCUUUGUUUACCUUAGGGCUCCGGACAUGUUCGGUUGGUUAUAUUGUUGUAGUUGUUUUUUCAUGGAUGAAAUAGUUUUGAAUUAAGCCAUAUUGGCAUUGUUAUUCUGUAUGGGUUGGUGUUUAUGUGCAGAUAAUUUCUCCUUAAUGAUGUUUCUGUAAAACAAACUCUGAAUCUUUGUGAGUGUUUUGAGAGACCACUGGUCGUAAAAUCCGAGAGUACUGCUAAGUGGUUCAUUUACCUGAGUUCUGUUAUCCCACAGGGAUCCUAUUGUGAUGUUAAAAUUCGGCUGUAAAAAAUAAAGUGCAACUUUAUCUGUGAAA